UACAGUAAAGUCUUAGCAGAAGCAAAACUCAAAAAUAGCUAAUCACAUUUAAAUAAUUCACAUGUAAAGACCUAAGCAACUGAACAAUUGCUAGCAGGUACCAGUCCCAACAAAUCCAUAUUGUCACAUAGACAAGUGGAAAUCGAAUUAGAUUAGUGCAAGUGGAAAAUGUCGGAUGAUGAUCUUGAAACUGAAAAGGCUGGAGAAGAUGGCGAGGGAGGAGAAGAAAGAUAUCCUUAUGGGGAAUAUGAAGGGGGUAAAGACGAGCAACUUGAUCGUCAUGGAUGGGGAAGCGCACUUUUACCAAAUGGGGACAUUUAUGAAGGACAAUACUAUCAUGGAAGAAGGCAUGGAAAAGGUUUAUAUUGUUUCAAAAAUGGUGCAAGAUAUGAAGGCGAGUGGCGCAAGGGCUUAAAACACGGACAUGGCGACUUUCUAUAUCCUGAUGGAACAAAAUACAUGGGGCAUUGGAGAAAAGACUUAAAACAUGGCCAGGGCACUUAUUUUUACGCAAAUGGCGACACAUACGAAGGAUUUUGGUAUAAAGGUCUCAGACAUGGUCUAGGCACUUACACCUACAAGUCUGUAAAUGUAACUCACUACGGAACAUGGAAAAAUGGUAGAAUGGAAGGGCCUGGAAUAAUAAAUUACCCAUACUACAGGUAUGAUGAUGCGUCCCGAAUAACGCUAAGUUAUCGUUUUCUAUUCAGAUAUCAUGGAAACUUUGAAAAGAACUUACCCAAAGGAAAAGGUUGCUUUACUUUCGAUGCUAAAUAUAUGCAACAUGGAUUUUAUGUCAAUAUGAGAGACCCUGCAUUUGACUAUGUAGGAGCCGAAGAAUUAAAAAUUGAAGGCACUGAUAAUAACCCUCCUGUUGAAGAUUUGGGAACCCCAAUAGGAAUAGUUCCAAUCUGGAGGGCAAGAAAUAUAACGGAAUAUAAAACGGAACUUCUCCCACCAGAACCAGUUCCAUUAUUAGUAAAGGAUUCAGAAGACUCAAUUCUGGACAUUAUCGAAUACCUGCAGCAACAAUAUCAUGAAGGAGCUGGAGCAGAUGAGGAAGAGCACAGAGCCACGCCUUCACCAGUACCUCAAGAUAUGUUAGUGGAUAUCCCAGAUAUUGAUUUGGAUAACAUAUAGACCUGCAGUGUUAAUUCAGGAAAUUUGUGUUUGGUUUCACAGUUACAAAGUUACUACAUAAUAUUAGUCGGAAAUAUGUUUCACAAUAAAGUGUGUAUUAAAUAAGAACAUUAUUUUCUUUAAAAAAAUAUAUCCAAACUAUUGAAAACUGUAAACCUAAUUGAUACCUACUUCUUCUUUCAUUCCCGGACAUUUUGUUAGCACCACGUGAUGGCAUCUUUUGUGAACCACGCAGGUGCAAA